AUGAAUUCUCCCUCAUUGUCUGAACCAUCCGAUUACUCCGGCGAGAAAUCUGUGCCGUCCAUCAGGUAAACACGUUGGAGUGACAGCGUGCGCAAACGUGGGAGAGCACGCGCCGAGUUCGUUGAAGGUAGGAGUGAGCAAGGAGGUGAUGGAGGCGGAAGGGAGGGUUAUGGUGGGGACGUAUGCCAGGGCUCCGGUGGUGCUCUCCAGUGGCACAGGUUGUAAAUUGUAUGAUCCCGAGGGGCGAGAGUACCUGGACUUGUCGUCUGGAAUUGCCGUUAACGCGCUUGGACAUGGUGAUCCCGAUUGGCUGCGGGCGGUUACUCAGCAGGCUAAUACGCUCACCCACGUCAGCAAUGUUUACUAUUCCAUCCCUCAGGUGGAGCUUGCAAAACGCCUUGUGGCUUGUUCUUUCGCUGAUCGUGUCUUUUUCUCGAACUCUGGGACAGAAGCUAACGAAGCUGCUAUCAAAUUUGCAAGAAAGUUUCAAAGAUUUUCACAUCCUGAUGAGAAAAAGCUAGCAACACAGUUCAUUUCUUUUACUAACAGCUUCCAUGGGAGAACUAUGGGGGCCGUUGCUUUGACAAGCAAAGAGCAUUACCGGUCACCCUUUGAGCCCGUCAUGCCUGGAGUCACAUUCUUGGAGUAUGGUAAUAUACAAGCUGCAACGGAACUGAUUCAGUGUGGAAAUACUGCUGCUGUAUUUGUAGAACCUAUCCAGGGUGAAGGUGGCAUAUAUAGUGCAACAAAGGAAUUUUUAUAUUCCUUGCGUAGAGCUUGUGAUGAUUUUGGUUCUCUCCUGGUUUUUGACGAGGUUCAAUGUGGCUUGGGCCGUACUGGCUAUCUUUGGGCACAUGAAGCAUAUGGUGUAGUCCCAGAUAUAAUGACACUUGCCAAGCCUCUUGCUGGAGGUCUUCCAAUAGGAGCUGUGCUAGUGACUGAAAGAGUUGCCACUGCCAUAAGUUUUGGAGAUCAUGGAAGCACUUUUGCUGGUGGCCCACUUGUCUGUAAUGCUGCCCUUGCUGUUUUGGACAAAAUCUCAAGACCUGGUUUUUUGGCCAGUGUCUCAAAGAAAGGUCUGUACUUUAAAGAACAGCUGAUUAAAAAGCUAGGAGGUAACUCUCAUGUGAGAGAAGUAAGAGGUAUCGGGCUUAUCAUCGGGGUAGAACUGGAUGUAUCUGCUUCACCACUUGUCAAUGCUUGUCGAAAUUCUGGUCUUUUAAUAUUAACUGCAGGGAAAGGAAAUGUUCUUAGGCUUGUGCCACCAUUGAUUAUUACAGAGCAGGAAUUGGAGCAUGCAGCUGAGAUUCUGUUUAAAUGUUUGCCGGCACUUGACAAGGGUAACUUAGACUAGAGAAGUUUAAUUUCAUGCGUCAAGUGAGAUUUGUAAUGGGUUCAUAUUGAUAAUAUAAUGUGUUUGUGGUUGUUAUCAGUAUGGUUUAAAUUUUGUUACAGUUGUAUUGAAGCAAAGCUAUCCGAUGAUAUCAAGAUAUCCAAAUCAAACACAAUAAAAGAUAGGAUUAGAUCAAUUCAGAGUUAGCAAAAUAACACUGAAUGUAUUCUGCUCUAUUCAAAUCUCUUAUCUAU